AGGUUCAAAAUGUUUAAAGAUUAAAUUAUAAAGCUGAAAAAGCAAAAUCAGUCUUUUGGAAUCCUCUAGCAGCAUUCUCAGAAUUACAAAUGGAAAAGAUGGAUGUAACCGAUGAAGCAAAACGACCUGGAACAAGGGUUUUCAAGAAGAGUUCACCAAAUGGAAAAAUUACUGUGUAUCUUGGAAAACGUGAUUUUGUUGAUCAUGUUACACAUGUUGAUCCAAUUGAUGGUGUUGUUCUUAUUGAUCCCGAUUUUGUCAAAGAACAUAAAGUUUAUGGUCAUGUCUUAGCAGCAUUUCGUUAUGGAAGAGAAGAUCUAGAUGUGCUUGGACUCACCUUUCGAAAGGACCUCUACUUAGCUUCUGAACAAAUCUACCCACCACCAGAAGGAGACAUUAAGCAUCCUCUUACGAGACUGCAGGAGCGGUUAAUUAAAAAACUUGGCCCUGAUGCGUACCCUUUUUUCUUUGAAUUGCCACCACAUUGUCCAGCAUCCGUUACACUACAGCCUUCCCCAGGUGACACAGGCAAGCCAUGUGGAGUGGAUUAUGAAUUAAAAGCUUUUGUAGCUGACAGUGCAGAUGAAAAAGCUCAUAAAAGGAAUUCUGUACGUUUGGCUAUUAGGAAAAUUAUGUAUGCACCAAGCCGUCAAGGUGAGCAGCCUAGUGUUGAAGUGAGCAAAGACUUCAUGAUGAGUCCAAAUAAAUUGCAUUUAGAAGCAUCACUUGAUAAAGAGUUAUAUCAUCAUGGUGAAGAUAUUGCUGUAAAUGUGCAUAUAGCCAAUAAUUCAAAUAGGACUGUGAAAAAAAUUAAAGUCUCAGUGCGCCAGUUUGCAGAUAUAUGUUUAUUUUCUACAGCACAAUAUAAGUGUACAGUUGCUGAGAUUGAAAGCGAAGAUGGUUGUCCUGUAGGACCUGGUUUCACACUUUCAAAAGUUUAUUACCUGCGACCUUUACUAGCCAAUAAUAAAGAUAAGCGUGGACUUGCGUUGGAUGGGCAACUCAAACAUGAGGACACAAAUCUUGCCUCUUCAACUAUCAUAACCGAUCCAGCACAAAAGGAGAAUCUUGGGAUCAUUGUCCAGUACAAAGUCAAAGUGAAGUUAUGCCUUGGUCCACUCGGAGGGGAUUUAGUAGCAGAACUUCCAUUUAUUUUAAUGCAUCCAAAACCUGCGGAUGAUCCUCCACCACAUGCCACACGAAGCACAAGUUCUGUUCCCAAUGUACAGAGUGAUGAAAAUGUUGCAAUAGACACUGACCUCAUUCGUCUUGAUACGGAUGCAUGCAUUGAUGAUGGAGAUGAUGAUUUAAUAUUCGAAGAUUUUGCUAGGUUACGCUUGAGGGGAGAAACUGAAGCAUAAUCUUACAGUGGCACAAUAUAUUUAUUUUAUGUGACCCAUGUUUGGCAACACAUAUAUAUAUAUAUAUAUAGGUGUGUGUAUAUAUAUAUUUAUAUAUAUGUAUGUAUACUACAUACACACAUUGUAUGUGCCUAUAUAUGUAUAUAUACACACAUGUACUAUAUAUAUAUAUAUAUAUGCGCGUAAAUAUAUAAUUGUGUCUUUGUGUAGACAUUAUACAGAUGGAUACACAUUUACACAUACAUAGAAAAAUCUAUUUGUGUAUAAGCACGUUAUGUUAUCUUUGUAAAUAUUACUCUAUAAUUUCAUGCUUCCUUAUCAUUUGCAUUGUGAGCAUUCUUGAAUACUAAGUCAUUUGGAAUUCUGUACCCAAGUGAGCACAGAUUAUUAGUCUAAUCUGGCAAUUUCCAAAGGCAUAAUCUUCAGAAGAAAAUUAGCUGGCAACCAUUUGUAAUUAAACCUUAAAUUUGUGAAUAAUUUUUUUAGAGGGGGUCAUAAAACAUUUUAAAUGUAGCUGUGUGGAAUAUGCAGAAUUGAAUUUUACAAGCAUUUCAGUUGUGCACAGACUGUUCCAGUUAUAAUUCAAUAUUUUUUUUUUACGUGGUAUUUAAAGUGUCUAUCAAUUAAAUGAUUAUUCAGUUGCCUUUGAAAAAAGUGUUGAGAGUUUUAAAUGUAGCAAGUUAUUAUUUUCAAAAUUUCUAAAUAAAUAUGGGGAGAGGCAAUAAUUAACUAUGCAAAAUUUGUUAAUUUACUCAUAAAAUGCCUUAAAUUUUAUUGUAAAUUGCUCUUUUAUUAUUGUGAAUUUUUAUAUAAUUAUUGAUGAGAACAGCUUCCUUUGAUGACUUGAUAUUCUAUGUAGUACAUAUGAUUGAUAGAUCAGUCUAUCUAUUAUAUACGUAUCUGUUUAGAAAUAAACUUUUAGAACAAAAUUAACUGUAAGAAUAUUAUCCAGAUUAUUCUAUUUAAAUAAAUCGGUGCUUACUUGCUUAUUGUGUGCGUAUGUGUGUGUGAGCUAUGUUUAUGCGUCCACAUAUAUAUAGUUUCAACUCUUAAUAUGUCUAAAUAUAAAUGAGACAUGAUGUCUGUUAGUCUGCUUUCAGUGCAUAUUUAUACAGUAUCCUAAUUUCAAUUUCUUCACACAGAUUUUCAGUAUUUUUUAAUUUGGCAUUAUCAUCAGUUUUGAAUAGCAUAUUUUUCAGUUGAGCUAAAAGAUAAAGUAAUGGCUUUUGUGGUAGUUUUGCUUUUCAUGUAAAUUUAUGUUUGCUUAUAUUUAUUUUGAAUUCAACUACUUAUGGUUAUUGUAAACUGUCACUGCUCAUCAUUAUCCAGUCCUGAUUUUUUAUGAUAUGCUUUUCCUUUAACAAAGAAGCAGAAUAUAUAAUAAAGAAAAAUCAUUAAUAUAUAUGUGCUAUAAUGUAUGACAAAAGUGGGAGUUGAAACUUAAAAUUAUAUCUCAAUUCAGUUAUUAUAGCAUUACGUAACAGAUUGUGUUAAAGCUUACAAAGGAUGCCAUUUUAUUUUAGCUGUAAAGGUCUCAUUUGUACAAUUUUUUAAUUAAUUUUUGAAUAAUGAUAUAUAAAAUUCAGCAUCGGGCUGUGAAGAUAAACUAUUCACAUGUCAGUUAGUUACUACAAUUUAAGGAAGAUCGGAGAAAUCAUCAGUGUUUUCAUAAAUUUUGCAUGCUGUAAGUGUUUUGGUAUUUUGAAUUAGAGAAAUGAAAUUGUACCAAAAUAUAUUCUUGGGAAAUACUAUCCUAAAAUGCUGAGAAAUGAAACAUAUUAAGAGUUGAUUAUGUCUAUGGUUGUCCAUGUUUAUGCAUAUGCUUUUUGUGACUAAAUCAUGAUAUAAUAGAGAGUUAUUAUUUUUUCUUACUAGUCUUUCUGUUUGUAGAUGAAAGCAAAUUUUAAUUCCAUGUGUUUUAGUAACAGGGGUGUUUAAUAUUCUGCCAGUAUGAUUCGUGCUGUGCAAUAAUGGUGGAAUUUAUUCUUAUUUAUAUUGGAUAAAUCCAGUUUCAGAACUGAAAUGAAAAGGAAAUCAUUUAAAUAGAUACACAGCAAAGAUGCUAUUUCAUGUAUGGAACAGUUUUUUUUUUUUUUUUUAAGUCUUUGAUUAGCAAAAUAUUAUAUUAGAAAAUAAUUCUCUGUAAACUGAGUAAAGUUAUAUUAAAGGUUACCGACUACAUUUCUGUGUUGUAUGCAAAUGAGUUAAUUACUGAUAUAUUGUAGUUUUCGUAAAUUGAAAAUAACACAUCAUAAGAAUGGUUCAAAAUUUUAGGUGCAACUAUAUGGAUUUCAGGCAUGAUCGUAUGUAUUUGAUGCAUUUUUGUAGGGCUAUGCAUUUAGUACAAACGAAGUAAUAUCAAAUAUAAAUCAAACUUUGAAUGCAAAAACGAAUGAAUGCAAAUGAAACACUGUUUAUAAAAAUUUGUCUUAUGUUUAAAGUACAAAGUUUUAUGCAUAUGGCUGCAUAUAUUUAUUUAUCUACAUAUUUUUUUAAUGAAUGUGUCAACUUUUUAAAAAUUGAGAAAUAAUUAUUAUAUCAUAGUGAUUUGAAUUUGUCCUCUUAAUGUUUUCCUUCUUAAAUACUUCAGUCUGAAAUACUGGAUUUAUUCAUGCAUUUGAAAAUCAUUGUGUAAAUAUGUUAAGAGAACUGAUAUUUGUAUAUUAGCCAUAAACUUUUGCAAAAAAUCGGAGAUACAUUAGUAACAACCAUGGUAAAGUGAGGAGAGCAUCAUUGUUCUGAAAACUGGAUUUUCUUGAAUUCAAUAUGUUUCACAAUGUAAUGAAAAAUAAUAGUUUUCCAGAGUGAGGUAGUCGCUUAUAUUCACCCCUGUUAUUUUCUGCAUGGAAAUUUUCAUGCAUGUUUCGUAAUUCCAGUACAGUAGUCUGUUGUUACACUGCAAAUGCUUAAGCGUUUUAUCUUAAUGUAUUUUUGUCCAAACUGUUUUUGAAAAAUCAGGUGCUGUAGUAAUAGAUGAAAAAGAAUACCCUCCCCAUCUUGUGAAAAAUAUUUUGUAUGGUUCACAGGGUAUUUACCAAUUAGCUCCAGUGCCAAUAAUUGCCCUUGAUUGAAAUAUUUUGGCACUAACGCAGAUAUGGUACAUGAGUGUUCUGUACUCGCAUAAAUGGGCAAUUGUAUAGAUAAGAAUUGUUAUCAAUGUGUAUGUGGGUUUUGUUUUUAUGUGACUUUUUUAAAAUUACAUUGCUUAAUAGGUCUAAUUUUAAGUAUUUUCCCUCGCUUAGUGUUCAUAUUCAUCAUUGACUAUCUGGCCAUCAAUGAAGCAAAAUAUUUUUCUCAUUAGCUAAAUGAAAACUAUUUUUCAAUUGAUGCAAGUUUGCCUUUUUUUUUUUUAUUCUCACUUCAUCUGCAUGCUUUCUAAGCCCCCUUUUCUUCCUUUCUUAUUAAAUCAGAAUUCUCAGAAAGGCAAAUAAUUGUUGUAGGUAAUUUAUUUUGCACUCUGUAUUCAUGAUGAUGAUUCAUUCAUUUUAAUAAAUGUCAGGAAGCUAGCUAUUUUAAGUGUUGUUGACACUUGUAAAUCUCAAAUAUGUACUAGCAUUAUUUAACUAAUCCUCCCUUUAAAAAAAAUUUUUUUUUGUGACUAUUCCAUUUAAGUGUGCAUUUAUGUAACAUUUAAAUUUUGAUUUUUGUACAUAUUGAUUAUAUUUUUUAGGUUUAAAUGAAAUGUAAAAUACAGUCCCUCUUUUAUAUGUAAAGCCGUUACAGAGAUUUGUGAAAGAGGAAUAUAAAUCUGGUCAUCAUUUUCUUCCUCUUUGUUAUGUAUUUAUAUGCACUUGAUAUAAAGCUGAUUGAGUUAUAGUGUUUUCUAUGAUAUUUUCAAGCUUAAUAAAGUGUUAAAUUCCAAAAAAUUAUUUACAUUGGUAAUAUCUGCGAAGAUACACACCAGGCAUAUUUAGUUUUUAAAUAAUUUGUUGUGAAUUUUAUCUCAAUCUCUGCUGAAAGCAUAGAUGUCUCGUAUUUUGAUUAAGUUUGUUUGCAUGUGUAAAGUAAGUUUUCUAUCCAGUGUUGAAUUUUUUAAAUUUAAGACUUCUAUGUGUAAUUGAGUGAAAAGCAUUUAUUGAAGUUACAGCAAUUGUGUGUAGUGCUUGGGGUAUUAAUACUUUUCUUUAUGAAGAAUGCUUUUAAAAGUGAAAUGUAUUGCAGCAUUUAUAGUAACUAACUGUAGCUUAUGACAUUAGAAAAGUAAAAAUGUUCCUUGUAUGAUGUCAUUAAAUGCAUUUGAAAUUUUUUUUCUCAUAUAUAUAUUUAUUUGUUUUUUAAUUCUUUUAAGCAAUUACAUUUGUGUUGAGUAUGAAAUGCAUUUAUCAAAAAUCAUUCCUGUAUUAUUGCUUAAUAGUGUAUGUGGAGUCAUAAUAAUCAAACUAAUAUUGUAGAUAUUGAUAUGUAUGUUAUGCUUCGAUUACUCCGAAUAUAUUUUUUGUGUUUAAAUAUGGUUUAUUUGUUUACAUUUAGACUCAGUUUCAGUAAUUUUAUGUUACUCUGUUAUUAAACAUAUCAGUAAUGUUGUUUGAUCUAAGAAAGAUAUUUGAAAGAGGAAAACACUACUCUGAACAAAAUAGUUACGUUACUGCGAUUUAAAGUUGCCAAACUAUUGUAAAUACUAUUUUCUAAAAAGUAGUUUUAACAUCACAGCUUGCUGACUCUUUUUUUAUCUGAUAACUUUUCAGUAAAUAAUCUAAAAAUGUUAACUGCUCCCUUUUUUCUGCCAUGUCAUUCACUUCAGGAACUUUAUGUCUGUGUUAUUGAUUUUGUUAUUCAUUUGUUUUUACUGUAAUGUAUGUUGUAAAGAUCUUGAAUUCUGAGAUUUCCCCCUUCCCCUUAUCAUUGAGCAAAAGCCUUCUGUCAAAUUUUAGUUGACAGAUUUUUUUUUUUCUUGUAAAGGCUUAUUCGUCAUAAAAUAUUCAUCUGACCUCCAUAUUUAUAGCCAUUUAAUUUUGUAAUUAUAUUCGUUUUUUGUUUCUGUAGUGUGCUUUCGUGAUAUACAUUCUUCAUAUGUUACUAUAUUGUUAAUUUUUAUUUUGUAAAGCUUGUGAGAUUUAGUAUUGAUAACUCUCAAUUAAAAAACAACAGUUAAUGUAUAGAAUUCCUAAUUUUGACUUUUUAGCUGAUUUCUCAUUUAUUUUACACUUUAGAUAAGCUUUACAGUACUUUAAUUUUUGUAAAUCAUUCAGUAUGUUGAAAGAUUUUUGUUUUACUAUAUUGAAUCAGAUUCUUUUAGUGACUAUAGUUUUGUUUGUUAAAAACAAAAAGGUCAGACAAAUUUCUUAUACUGUUUGCUGUUAACAUAAUAAGCAUUAAACAUAUAAAAAUUUUAUAAAUGUAUUUAAAAUUGUAUCUGAUGAAAGAAGUAUCAUUGUCAGGAUACUGUAUAUAACUGUGUUUUAUUAAUCUUCCACUUAUUCUUUUAAAAAUCAGGUGCUUAAAUUCUCAUAUUCUGAAACUCAUUUCUACCUCAGAUUUUCUUUUUAAUACUCCUGAUUUUGUUUAUAUUCAAUCCAUUAGCUUACAAAAAUGUAAAGGUAAUUUCUAGAUCAGCUUUUAUUUUGUGAAAAAAAAUAAAGCAUCUCAUUAUUUGUUCUGGUAUUCUUCAUUAAAAUAAUGUCGAUACAUAUUUUCUAAAAUUGCAGGUCCAAUUUUAUUUUCCAUUUAACAUUAUUUUAAGAAUUUAUUUAUUUGAUGCAAGUAUUUCUCUGUGUACAGAUAAAAUCAUUGUUUCAAAAUGACCAACGGAAAAAUUUUCGCAUGUUUUUUAUGUGUUUAUGAAACAGGAAAUCAAACAUGAAAUUAUAACAGUUUUCUAUAAAAUGUUCUUUACUUUUGGUGCUGUAUAUUUACUUGGUAAAAAAUUUAAAUGUAUUGAAGUUGGAUUAUUUUUAUCUUUCAGUAGCAUGGAAAGCUUAGAGGCAUUUAUAUCCAAACUGGCAGUCUUAAUGAAUUGUUACUCACCACUAUUCAUUCUUCUGGCAUUUUUACUGUUCUUUGCAGUAUGAUGUGCUAAAUCAAAAAAAAAAAAAAAAAAAAAACUUACACUGGAAGAAGUCCAUAGCCCAGUAGUUACAUCCGAGUUUGUAUGUAAAUCUAGUCUAAUUUGAUAUUAUUAAAAGAUUUCAUUUCCCCAUUUUCUCUGUUUCUAUUAAGUGCAUUAUAAUUCUGAUAAAAAUAUUAUUUAUUUAAGAAAUCCAAAGCAUAAUCAUUGAUUUAUUAUUUGUGUAAUUUUUGUUUGCCUUUUGUAAUCUGUACACAUAUAGUAGAGUCCCUCAAAACUCGACUCCCAGUUAAGAGGAAUUCCAUGUAACUCAAAAAUCUUUUCUUUUUCUUUUCAUAAUCUAUAAAAUUAAGCAGGAUAUUAUCUUUAAAAUAAUGUGAUGGUCUAUUAAUAGGCAGACUAAUAAUUUCUUACAUUUCUUGUAUGGUGCAAACAGUCUAAACAUAUUUAAAUUACUGCAGUAUUGAAAUUACGAUACAUAUUUGUAAAUACGGAUCUCCACAUAGUUUUCCUCUUCUGUUCAAAGAUUUGUUAUGGUAUUCUGAUCUUACAAUCUCUGUCUUUCCCUUUGUGAUACAAUUUUUUGGAACGUAUAUAAUGAGUUUGGUUUUAUUCCUUUCAUAGAAAUUCCAGUCUACAUUAUUCCCUCUUUUCACUAAUAAAAUGCCUGCAGAAAAUUAGGUAAUUGCUGUCAAUUACCUUUCACAUUUCUCUUUUGUGUUGCUGGCUGUUGUCAGGUUUAUGGCUGUAAUUUUAAGCUAAAUUCUCAGUUCAUUCUGGAUAUAGUUUCUGAGGCUUAUACCUAGUGCAUUGUGUUGCCUGUGCAAGCAAAAAUGCCGAACAAGAAGAAAAGAAAACAACAUAACUGUGAAAAUGAAACUGGAUGCCUUAAGAGACUGGAGAAAGAGAAAAGAAUUAAUAAAAUGUCCGUAGAUUUAGGUAGUUGAAAUAUGAGUUGUGAAUAAUUUACCCCUUCUGUAAAGCUCGACAUUUGCAAUAAGUUGGUAUCCUCUCAAUUUUUGCCUCAGAUAGAGUUUGCAGGACUCUACUGUACCUUCUUACUGUACCUUUAAUGGGGCCGAUGUUGCAUUGCAAGUUUUCACUGACAGUUUGAUCAAAAUUUUAUAACCAUUUUAGAAAUUAGUAUCUAGCUGAGAUCAUUAAAAUUCUUUCUUUGUAAUAUUGAUGCUGUAACAAUUUUGCUUUUAUUUGCUUUGAGUAUGUUCUAGUUUAUUUGUAUUGAUUGCUGGAUAAGUUUUAUAGCUUUGCUCUUGGGAUGUUUUGGCAAUUUAUAAACAAGCUCACUUGUUGCAGCCAUGUGGGCUUGUGUCUGUAGUUGUGAUCAUAGUAUUGAUUAGGUAUUAUUGAGCUGGCCUAGUCAUUUAACUAGUCGCCAUUGAGUGAGAAUCUUGAAAAAAGAUGAUCUCAGCUCAUCAGGAAUUAUAUAUAUAUACUUAUAUAUAUAUAAAAUAGGAAAAUUUGAGAGUGUGAAAGUUAAAUAAGUCUGAACAAGGCUUACAAUGUUGACUUUUUCAACUCAUCAUAAUUUAUGAUAUUGGGAAACAAGCAAUAAAACCUAAAAGCUGUGCUCUUUAAUAAUGGUUGUAGAAUGUCUGUGUCAGAGGUGCAAAUUUUUUAUGGGAGUCCUCCAAUAUCUACUUAGGAGAUGGCAGUAACUGUCUUGAAAAUUCUCUUAUGGGUAGAAAAAGGUCAUUGUAAGAAACUGAAAAUUAAGAGUUCCCAGUUAAAAUAACAUAUCAAAAUUUUUCGUGUGAAAAAAUUUCAAUGAAUUUCAAAACUACCUACCGGCUUGAACUGUCUGUAACUAUACACCUAUCGAUAUAAGGUUUACAUAUGUUAAUGUUCGUUUUUUAAUGUGUUUAUUAAAUUAUUUAUUGUUUUAUUAAAUUAUGCCUAAAGGUUCUCAAAUUUUGCAUGUCAUUUAAUGUUGUAUUUGCUGUUUUAUAUUUUUAUUUGUGAAAUGUUUUCGUAAUUUUGCAUGGUGGUAUUAAUUUUGAUUCUUAUUCAACUUGUAAUUAAAUUGCUUUUUAUCCUUCUCUAUAGUUAACAUUCUGAUCUAGUAAUUUGCAUUGAAGUUUUGUAGGAAGCAAGGAUGUUCCCAUGUCUUCAUCGCUCCAAAAAAUUAACAUUCCAUAAAUUAGUACUAAAAGUUUUACAAAUGCUGAACAGAGAUUUGUACUAAAAUGUGUAAUAACUGAAAGUCCAAGAAAAUUAUUUUUGAUUUAAGAAUUUGUAACUUAACUUUUAAUGUGCUUGCUAUUUAAUGCAGUUUUUGUGCAUAUUCUUCACUAAAGCAUGAAGCUAGCUUUGUCAUUUCUGUAAAUUAGUUGAAAUAUAUAUUUAAAAGCAUGUCUUUUAUGACUGAAAUCAGGUAAAACUGCAUGAAGUAAUCUUAUAGUGUAUUUUCACAUAUAAAAUUACAAGUAUUCUAACUAAAUGUAAAUCCAAUCAUUAUAUGUGUGCUCUGUAAACUCUUGAGUUGUUGAUUGGAAGUAUCUCAGCAAAUGAGUGAUGGUUUUCAUAAAUGCCAUAUAAGUGUUUGUAAUGCCUUUAUAUAAUGAGUGGAAUAUAUGAAAGUGCUUAUUAAAUAGUUGAAAUUAUUAAAUCAAAAUGAUGAUAUCCUAAGUCAUGGUGUAAAAAUGAAUGAGGUAAAAUCAUGUAUAUAAUCUACAUAAAUUCAUAAUGUUCAGCAUGGUAAUUUUAAUGAGCGUACAUUCAAAUUUCAUAAAAUUGUAUUUGUCAUCAAUGGUUUAAAAAUAAUGUGUGUUUAAAUAAUGAUAAUACAUUCAUUUUAAAUUUUGAAUAAUAAAUAUUUCUAAAUUUUGUA